CAGGCGGCGAGCUGGUGCAGAAGUACAUCGGCGAGGGCAGCCGGAUGGUGCGCGAGCUGUUCGUGAUGGCGCGCGAGCACGCGCCCACGAUCAUCUUCAUGGAUGAGAUCGACUCCAUCGGCUCGUCGCGCGUGGACGGCGAGCAGGGCGGGGACUCGGAGGUGCAGCGAACGAUGCUGGAGCUUCUGAACCAGCUGGACGGCUUCGAGGCGACCCAGACCAUCAAGGUGAUCAUGGCCACGAACCGCAUCGACAUCCUGGACGAGGCGCUGCUGAGGCCUGGCCGGAUCGACCGCAAGGUCGAGUUCCCGAACCCCAACGAGGACGCGCGCAUGGAGAUCGUCAAGAUCCACUCGCGGAAGAUGAACCUGAUGCGCGGCAUCAACCUGCGGAAGAUCGCCCAGCAGAUGAACGGGGCCAGCGGGGCCGAGAGCAAGGCGGUGUGCACCGAGGCGGGGAUGUUCGCGCUGCGCGAGCGGCGGCAGCACGUCACCGAGGACGACUUCCAGAUGGCCGUGUCGAAGGUCAUGAAGAAGGACUCCGACAAGAACAUGAGCCUGCAGCAGCUGAUGCGGUAGCCCAGGGCCCACGCGCUUCAUCUCCUUCCCCGUGUCUCCCGCUUGGCGCUAUGAU